AUAUUCAAGAAAAGGGUCACCUUACCUUACGAAUUCCGACUUCCGUGAUAAUAGACUUCCUGGAGAUUACGCUCAAGGACUUGUACAGCUUCCGGUAACGACUUGAGCCAUUAUUACCAGAAUCUGAACUAGUUGUCAUUGGCCCUAGGCAGUUGAAGGUUGCCAUCGAAGAAAUGGCGAACUAUUCGCAGAUGGCUCCGGCCCAUAUUCACGGAAGCCAUGAUAUGAAUGUUCACAGCACUCAAGUGAUAGACAAUUCUCUCUCUUUGACACGCUCAACAGACCCAUCACAGAUCCCUCUCGUCUGUUUUGCGUGUACGGAUGAACCACGCUUCUCAGACCUCUCCCACCUCCUUACCCAUGUGGGCUCAAAGAGUCACUUAUCGCAAGUCUUUGAGCUACGUAUCGCGGGUAUGACCGACGAAGAAAGCGCUCAACGGUCUCGUAAGUUCGAAUUGUGGAAUUCCACUUACCACAUCGAUCGACUAGUAUGGCAACGUAGAGAGGCAAGAGGCGAGAAAGGUGAUCGAUCUCGACGACGUAGCCAACCCGCAAGAGAGACACCCAUCGGUCGAGUCACAUCUCGUGGUAAUCGUGGUGGCCGUGGUAGUCGUGGCGGCCGUAGCGGCACUAGCACUCGCAGUCGCGCCCGCAGAACCAACCAAGUUGAACAAUCCAAGUUCGAACCGGAGGAAACCAUGAAUUUCGGAAUUGGUUACAAUGAUGGUUCCCCAAUUCAUUCUUGGGCUAACUCAUUUAGCACACUAAUGCCUCACAGCGCCCAUCUUCAAGGUAUGGUACCCCAAUCAGACUUUGAGCAGCCGGGAGACGAACCUGGUUCUCCCAAAUACUCAUCAUCAGAGACCGGAAGCUCUUUCCCGUCUAAUAUGACGGAGUCCACCGAGAUCAACGAGGACACAGCCGUGCCGGCUCUAAAAGGCACACGCUUUCCUGGAAUGGGCCUUUUUGAUGCUGCCGAAGAGGCACAACGACGCAAGAGAAACCAGAAGAAAGACCCCGCGGUUCUCCAGAAACUCGAAGUUAAUUCUGCAAUGAUAACCACCCAAGAGGAAGUAUACAACUUCGACUUUGAACUUCUGCGAACUAGAGACGUCUAUGACGAUGCAUCCACUGAUGGAAGCGAUGAUGAAGAGGAGGAACAGGAAAAAGACAAGAAACGCAAGCGUCGAGCAUCUCAGGGACCCAAUUCAUCAAACACCCGGAAGAACAGUACCACGCGUGUCAUCAGAACAGCGGCCCAGGAUGAGCCAGCAUCUUCGCAAAUUUCCAGAGAGGCCUUUGAAACCAGAAGCCGAGCCUUGAAUGAUCAAGGUAGAGACAAUCGACCAACCAUCAUCCAAGGUUCAAUGUCACAGGCGCAGCUACCUCUUCAUAACCACGGGUUUGGUGGGAAUACUGGCCUGUUCCAUGACAGCAUGGGCACAGAUAAUGAACCAGAUGCUGCCCUCAGUCCUCGCGGAAGACGAAGACGGCAACACGAUCGUUUACCUGCCCUCGCCCUGAGGCCCGGCAACCCAAACCUCUCUUUUGCGUCGCCGAGCCCCGGUAUCAAACGAUCCCCGUCACAGUUCGGUGGGAAGGAGAACGACAAUAUGUCCCUCAAACCGACAACCUCGUCGUCCAAUCCAUAUCUAAAUUCGACCGAGACUCUUCAUAGUGAGAACUAUAACCCUCUCUAUGUCCAGCCUCGAGACGACCUUGGCCUUCGCUUGUACACCUCAUAUAAUGAGGGUAUGAAGCCAACCGCGGCCGGCUUUCAGCCGAUCAAUAGCCACGAUGUAUUCAACUCGUUGCAGCUGCCUCACCAAAAUGCUAACUUCCCAUCAAACCAUGCCAAUGACAACGACUUUUGAUGUUGAAACAGCUAAUGUUCAAUUCCAUUGAAUGCAUAAAUAAAUAGGACCGGGAAGUGCGCGAUUACAUCUCUGCCCAGAAUACGACGUAUUAUACCACGAAUACUUGGUCGGACGCCGUCUUAUACGAGGUCGUACCCUUUGCACUCGGAAGAGAAUUUUCGAAUUCCUCACAAGAACAGUUCAGCAAAUGAUGUUUUGCG